GAAUCUCCGCCACCGAAGUACUGUGUUUAUUCACUGUUGUUCGUUCGUUGCUUGGAUCCACCGUUGUCUCCGGAGGAAGUCGUGUGGCCUUCUACUUUUUCGUUUCUGGGUAACACAAAAGAAGAAGACCUUGGUUUCCGAGGGUGUUUGUUGUCACUGUUCAUCGCUGCAAAGUUGCAAUAUUUUGGCUGAUUCAGCGUUUCAGAUGGCUUUUGGUGGUUGAUUCUCCUACCAAGUUGAGAAUUUGAGAUGAGCAGCCAAAAGGGUCGUCAUGAAGAAGAGAUGGGCACCUCAGAAACCACCGGGAAAGUGGUUGUGGUUGCAGUUAAAGCUUCCAGAGAUAUCUCAAGGACUGCUCUGGUGUGGGCUUUGACUCAUGUUGUUCAACCAGGGGAUUGCAUUAAGCUGUUGGUGGUCAUUCCGGCUCUUUCUUCAAGCAAGAGGGUAUGGGCAUUUUCAAGAUUUACCACUGACUGUGCCUCCAGUAAUUGGAGAUCCAGUUUAGGAACUGCUUCAGAUCAGAAAGUAGUUAUAACAAAAUCCUGUUCUCAGUUAGUGCUUCAACUCCAUGAUUUUUACGAUCCAGAGAAGAUAAAGAUCAGAGUGAAGAUUCUUUCUGGUUCUUCAUGUGGAGGUGUGGCCGCUGAGGCCAAGAGAGUUGAGUCAAGCUGGGUUAUAUUGGACAAAAAGUUGAAGCAUGAAAAGAAAUAUUGCAUGGAGCAGCUGCAUUGCAAUAUUGUAAUGAUGAAGCGGUCUAGGCCAAAGAUUCUGCGCUUGAAUUUGAAUAGUUCACCUAAGAUGGAACUGAACAUGGGUUGUCCAUUGAAACUCAGAAGAAACUUGAAAGAGAACACUGGACAUGGAGGUAUAAUCAGAGGUCCAGCUGUUACUCCUGCUAGUAGUCCUGAACAAGGGUCACCACCAUUGACUGCAACUGAUGUUGGAACAUCAUCAAUAUCAAGCUCAGAUCCUGCUACUUCCCCAUUUUUUCACUCUGACAACUAUGAGAGACAAAGGAGAGGUUUCACCUUCGUCCACGAGGGACUGACAAACCUAGAGGAUAUUGAGUCUGACUCCGAGAGCGAAAAGCUUAGCAUGUCAUCCAAGAGUUCAUAUUUUCAGCCAUGGAUUGCGAAUGUGAUUUGCAUGGAUGGUGAUUUCUCAAAGCAUGAAGACAACGUGCAGAGAUCCAGCGACAAGACUUUGGCAACUGCAUAUGAAGCUUUGCUUCAGAAAUUCUCAAAGUUGGAUGAAGAUCCUAUACUAGGAAUGCUUAACUGUAAAAUUGAUGUGAACUUGAGCAAAAGUGUUAGAGAAGCAAUUUCACUAGCUAAAGGUUCACCUCCUAGAUUUUAUAGGUUUUCAAUUAUAUGUUGCAACACUUAG